AUGAGUUACUCUGACGAGGAAGCUGCUCAGGUGCUCCAUGCGGAGGAGUACCACGGAGCGGGGAGCCUGUCCUCAAACCAGGAUUCCCACUUUAGCCAUGAUGGACGUCAUGAAGACGUGGACCCCGUGGUUAUUCUCCAUUCCUUUUUUUUUUUCCUUUUCCACUCCUCAGAUCAUCUGAGCGAGGAUGAGAUUUAUUGCUCCUGUUUAUUGAAGACAUUGUGCUAUACCCCCACCCCAGUCACUGUGGGCUUCUAUUCAUCACACAAAGCACGUGUUCACACCCUACUGGACAAAAUUGCAGGAUGCAUGCUCGAAGAAUUCAUCCGAAGGGAAAAAGAAGAAUACAGGAGGACUCACCAGAGAUCCCGAGUCCCCGAAGGAAUAAACUACCUGACUCUCCUGUGGUACAUCGUCUUCUACCAACCGGUCAUCACCGAGGUACACCUCCGAAGAAAAACCAUUGAGUUUCUCAUCAUAAAUUUCAGCGCCUGGGAAUAUGCAGGCAGCAAUCAGUUGUGGGCUGGGUUGGUCACCAGCUUGUGUGACCAUAUUCGCAACCACUUCGGUCCUCUUCCCCUGAGUUUGUACCACGUGGUAGGAAGCAGUCCACAAUCCGACUCAGCAGACACCCAAGAGUGGAGACUUAAAAGGAAACCAUGCUGCAUUGCAGGAGGACUUGUGGUAACUAUUUUGCUAGUCAGUGCAAGCCUGGUUACUACCGCCCUCCUUGUGCCAGGAAUAAGGGAUGGCACAUUGUUGAAGUACCUUGGCAGCAGCAUGGCUGCCAUUUUGGGCUCAGGAAGUAAGAUGGACUUGGGACAUGAUGAAGCACCGAUGGACAUGAAAGCGGCGGUUAAAGACAACCAACACCGGAUCGAUGCACUGGCAUCCCAGUACAUCCAGGAAGCUUUUCACUGCUUGCAAAAUGAACAGGAUUGUCUCUACCAUUAUGUCCCAGAUAGCAUUAUCCAGAUGAGAAGGAUCAUCAAUACCAUCCCCAUUACAAUCAGGUUGAUGACUCAACAGAGCCUGCUGAAGAACGUCUGUCCACGGAAAGUGGCCGGUUGGGUGGUGUUGGCCGACCAAUGGCCUUGUCGCUUGAGUUGGAUCCUCCAAUGCAUGAAAGACAAAUUGCAGUAUCAACCACCCAGUGAUUAUGAGAAGAAGUUGAUGUGGGAUGUCUUCAUGGAGACCUGUUCUGAGCUUUACUCCAAGCACAAGGAACUACAGAACAUCAUGGCCUUGGAUGGUGACCCAAAACUUUUUGAGAGAUUCUUGUCCGAUGAUUUUCCCUUCACCGUACAAGAAGGGAAGAAAUUGUUGAAGUAUACUGUCAACUUAGACCAUUCCAUAAGAUGUAUGAUGGGAGAACUGCAGAAUCUGGCAAUUCUGGAGAACUACAGCAAAGGUGGAGCAAAUUCAGAGAAGAGAGCUUAA